UUAACGAGGAGAAGCUCGCCUGACUAUUGGUCAAAUAAGAGAGGUCAAAGAGAGAGAGAGGGAAAGAGAGAGAUGAAGCACAUCUGUGACCAGUAUAGUGGAGAACUGGAGUCCAGCAACUUCACUAAGCCACUGCCAACAAUAGGCUUGUACAUUGUCGCAGCUUCAUUGGCAUGUUUCCUUUUCAUGGCAUUGGACAUCCUCACAAGUUUCAGGGACAAGAUUUACUGGAUCAAAUGCAAGUUGUUCAAGCUGAAUGCCCUGAACCUAACACUUCUCUCAAUUGCAACCAAAUUGCCUGGUGACCUGAACACAUCGAUGCCUGGUCCUCAGCACCAGCUCACUAAAGUUAGCGGCAUUGUCUUCUUGUGUGUGUCCAUGGGCUUCUCCAUUCCAAGCUUGGGAACGAUGGAUGCCCCCGAUAUACUCUCGAACAUGAUUGCAUUAGCUAUCCUUGUGGUCACAGUUGCAGCAGACAUCGGCAUCCAAAUUGGAACUGGAGCCAUCUUCGCCUUCAUUCCAGAGCACAUCCUACUCUCGUGCGUUAUGCUGCUCAUAAUGCUGACCAUGACUAUUGUCAGUUUAAGUACACAGGCUUUGAAAGUCAAGGCAAGUUCUGAUGAACUCGCGUCUAAGAGACAAGCUCUUAGUUCCUCACAACGCGUGCUUAGUAGAACUUCAACUGAUCCCCAAGCAAGGUUCGAUAGCUACAAGAGUAUUCUUCCUAAGGUGUGGACGGUUGCAUCUACCAACAAUGUGCAGUAUGUCAUGAACAGAGAGCCUCACAGUUGCGCCGCUGGGCUUCUUUCCAUCCUCACUGUUGUUAUACUACUGGAACUCGAGGUUAGAUAUCUUCUUCUCCCCUCUGACCCAAGAACAAGUAUUUCUAGCAACUUCUGCAAGGGAGAUUCUGACUACGGUUGGUCUAUUCGAUUAAUAUUGAUCUCUCAAACUCUUGUUGCCAUAUUGGCAAGUCUUGCCCUCUCCUUCCGUUUGUUCCAUGGCAUUGAUUUCAAGAAUCCAGGGAGAUACAUCAAUGAUGCAUUUGGUUUUCUUAAGUUGGGCAUCGUUCAUUGCAUGAGAGUUCAAGGACUCUGCACACCUUCCAAAUUGGAGGACGUCGACUAUAAGGCUACAGCUAGAAGGUCGGCUGGCAACUUGGCAGGGAACCUAGCAAUUGCAUUGGUUUGGUCAUUGGUACAAGUUAUAUUAAUCAUAAGCCACUCUAUAUGUUCCACAGUCAGCAUUGUUGUUUUUUGUUUUAGCUUUCUACUCAACCAUUACUUUAGCAGCACCAAUAGAAACCAGGGAGGAAUGAUUUCUUCUACUAGCAUCGACAGAGGAGAGUCAGGAAGUUGGUGCAGUUGUAACAUCAAACACGUGGUAGAUGCAUGGUUGCAGAAAGGAAGUCACCGCCCAACCACCCAUCUGCUCCAACUCUCGACUUUCUACAAUGGCCUUGUUGACUAUACAGAUUGGAGCAGGGAUCCUGUUUGGCUUGUCUUUGAACAGCAUGUCCAUGAACUCCAUGGUAGCUGCUAUUUGUUCCUAGCUGUCAUAAUUCACAUCAGUAGAUCACUUUUCAUGAGCAGCAACCCAUCUGCGGUGAAGAACUUGGCAACUGCAGUGAAAGAAGCCAAGAAGCUCCUCCUCUUCGUGGACAAGUGGGUGCUCUCCAAGAAUGACUCUCGCAAGAUAGGGAGAAUAGCAGGUAAGCUCGUUUGGUACUUGAUGAAUACCAGAAGAUAUGGCCAAGCAGAUGCACAGAGCAUGAUCGCAUACAAUAAUGAAGAAGCUUUAAACAAAGCAUCUGAAGAGCUUGAUGUCACCAUCUCAAUUGUUUCUCUACAGCUGAUAGUUCGAGACAUUUCCUCCUUUUCAGUGUUCCAGCAUCAAGUGAAGCAUGUCUGGGAAGGGAUCCGGAACAGCAUUCCUAUGGACAACUUCCUAGGGGAGCCGGACAUAGCGCUUGAGUGGCUACGAGCAAGGACCAUGUACAUUGUAAUCUAUUGUCUUUCCGCCAUUCUUGAUGAGACACAUGUACUGAAGUUUCAGAUGGAAGAUGUGAGGGAGGUAGCCCAUGUCCUGGGCAUGAUCCAAGGCCUUAAACAACCACUGUUUCCUACGUUUCAAGUAAUAUAUAGCCGUCCUUAGGUUGACUCA